AUGGCUUACGAAGAUAAAUUGGUUCAACCUGCCUUAAAGGUUAGAUUAAUUUUCGAUUCCUUCCCAAAUAUCUAUAAUGUUUAUAUUAUUGCUGCUAUUUCUUGUAUCGCCGGUAUGAUGUUCGGUUUUGAUAUUUCAUCAAUGUCUGCUUUCGUCAGUGAAGAUUCAUAUCUUAAAUUUUUCAAUACACCUAGUGCUAAUGUCCAAGGUUUCAUUACUUCUUGUAUGGCUUUAGGUUCUUUCUUUGGUUCUAUUGCAUCUACUUUCGUUUCUGAACCAUUUGGUAGAAGAUUAUCCUUAGUAAUUUGUGCUUUCUUGUGGAUGGUUGGUGCUGCUAUUCAAUCUUCAUCUCAAAACAGAGCCCAAUUAAUGGUUGGACGUAUUAUUUCUGGUCUCGGUGUUGGUUUUGGUUCAUCUGUUGCUCCAGUUUACGGUGCUGAAUUGGCUCCAAGAAAGAUCAGAGGUAUGAUUGGUGGUAUUUUCCAAUUCUCUGUUACUAUGGGUAUCUUGAUUAUGUUCUACAUUUGUUACGGAUUACAUUUCAUUAACGGUGUUGGUGCAUUUAGAAUCGCUUGGGCUAUCCAAAUUGUUCCAGGUUUAGUUUUAUUCGUUGGUUGUUUCUUCAUUCCAGAAUCUCCAAGAUGGUUAGCCAAGAACGGUUACUGGGAAGAAGCUGAAUUCAUUGUUGCUAAAAUCCAAGCUAAAGGUAAUAGAGAAGAUCCAGAUGUCUUAAUUGAAAUCUCUGAAAUUAAAGAUCAAAUUUUACUUGAAGAAAACAUUAAGGCUUUUACUUAUCUUGAUUUAUUCAGAAAGAAGUAUCUUGUUAGAACUAUCACUGCUAUCUUUGCUCAAAUCUGGCAACAAUUAACCGGUAUGAAUGUUAUGAUGUACUAUAUUGUUUAUAUUUUCAGUAUGGCCGGUUACAGUGGUAAUGCUAACUUAGUUGCUUCAUCUAUUCAAUAUGUUUUAAACGCUGCUACUACUGUUCCAGCCUUAUGGUUAAUGGAUAAAGUCGGUAGAAGAAAGGUUUUGAUUACUGGUGCUAUUAUGAUGAUGAUUUUCCAAUCCGGUGUUGCUGGUAUCUUAGGUAACUACUCAGUUCCAGUUCCAGGUGGUGUCAACGGUAAUGAUACUGUCAAAAUUGAAAUCCCAGCCUCUAACAAAAAUGCCGCUAGAGGUGUUAUUGCUUGUUGUUAUUUAUUCGUCUGUUCCUUUGCCAUGUCAUGGGGUGUUGGUAUCUGGGUCUACUGUUCUGAAGUUUGGGGUGACUCUGCUUCUAGACAAAGAGGUGCUGCUGUUGCCGCUGCUGCUAAUUGGAUUAUCAAUUUCGCUAUUGCUAUGUAUACUCCAAGUUCAUUCAAGAACAUUACCUGGAAGACUUAUAUUAUCUACGCUGUCUGUUGUUUAGCUAUGGCUAUCCAUGUCUACUUCGGUUUCCCAGAAACUAAAGGUAAGAGAUUGGAAGAAAUUGGUCAAAUGUGGGAUGAAAAGGUUCCAGCCUGGAAAUCUACCUCAUGGCAACCACAUGUUCCAUUAUUAUCUGAUGCUGAAUUAGCUCACAAGAUGAACGUGGAACACAAAGAAGGUGGUGAUUUAAUGACUCCAGAAACUGGUUCAUCCGCCGAAAAAGAACAAGUUUAA